GAGAGAAGUCUACAGGAAGCUGCGCAGCCUUUACCCUACUCAUGCCUGUACACAGUACCUGGAUGCUUUUCAGCAGCUGGAGAAAUACUGUGGCUAUCAAGAGGACAACAUACCUCAACUUCAGGAUGUCUCCAGAUUUUUAAAAGAGAGAACAGGUUUCCAGCUGAGACCAGCUGCAGGACUCCUGUCUGCUCGUGACUUCCUUGCCAGCCUGGCAUUUUGUGUGUUCCAGACCACACUGUACAUAAGGCAUUUCUCUUCUCCUAUGCAUUCUCCAGAACCAGACUGCUGCCAUGAGUUAUUGGGUCAUGUUCCCAUGCUGGCUGACAAGGAUUUUGCCCAAUUCUCACAGGAUAUUGGACUGGCUUCUCUUGGAUCAUCUGAAGCAGAGAUUGAGAAACUGGCCACACUUUACUGGUUCACUGUGGAGUUUGUCUGCAAGCAAAAUGGAUCAAUCAAAGCUUACGGUGCAGGACUGCUUUCGUCUUAUGGGGAGCUUAUGUACGCUUUAUCAAACAAGCCAGAGUACAAGCCUUUUGAUCCAGAAGUGACUGCAGUUCACCCCUAUCAGGAUCAAGCCUUUCAGCCAGUCUAUUUCAUAGCAGAAAGUUUGGAAGAUGCCAAGGCCAAGCUUCA